GAUUUCCGUGGGAUGGCAAGAGCUCAGCCACUUCCUCCAGCGGCGUCACUGCGAUGCGGGAGGGCUCGCUCUUGAACAGCGCACGUUGGGCAGCUCCCUGGGCCUGAGGACAGCCAUGGAGCUGCCAGCGCUCCUCCUGCUGCCGCUCUGCUUCCCAGGUCUCGUAGCCCAGACACCUGUUUCAGAGAGUCAACCAGAAGGAAGCGCUCUGUACGUCCAGUGUCCUUACACAGCACAGAUGAACUACUACCAGCCAAAAGCCUGGUGCCGCUGGAGAGAUGGGCAAUGGGAGCACUUAGUAUACACAACAUACCCAACACAAAAUGCAAACACAAAGCGAGCCACAAGGGGGAAAGUUACAAUAGAGGACAACAGCACAAAUAGGACUGUGACCAUCACCAUAACCAAGCUCCAGGUAGAGGACUCGGGCACAUACAGCUGUGCCUACACCUAUGGUUCUCAAUGUGUUCCACUAAAGAUAAUCUCACUGAUCGUUUUCAAGGAGUUGCACAAGUGGGAACUGGACAGUCUCUCUGUGCAGUGCCCGUACAGCACCGCAGUGGACGGCACUCCGGUGUAUAGCACGGAUAUAAAAGCCUGGUGUCGGCUAGAUCGGACAGGGUGUAACAUCUUGGCGAGGACAGGUCAUUCUUCAACACAGAAUCACAGGAAAGACCAGCAAGGCAGAGUCUUGAUCCAGGAUGACACCAGGAAAAGGACUGUCACCAUCACCAUGCAGAAGCUGCAGGCCCGGGACACUGGCGUGUACUGGUGCAUGCUCUACACUACCACUCAUCUCAUCUGGAUAAUGCAGGUCAAGCUCUCUGUGUCCAAGAUAUCGGCUGAAACAACUUUGCCUGGUUCUGCAGGCACCACUCAAACUACCCCUGUUGGCAACAGCCCAGAACCAAGCUCCAAUACAAACACCUUCGUCCUGCUCGCUGGUGUCCCGAGCAUCCUGUUCCUCCUGGCGCUCAUCGGCUCCAUAACACUGUGGGUCAAGCGGCGCAAGCAGCUCAAGAGAAGAGGUACCAGACAAGCCGAGGACAUCUGUGACAAGCCAGAGGACAUAGCACAGCUUGACAGCACGGACAGAAUGGAAAGACCUCAGGACGACAGCGAAGACCUAAAAUAUGUUACCCUGAACUUUAAACCCCGACUCAGCCCUGAGGAUCCUCUCUACUGCAAUGUUGAACCAAGUCAGGCCCACGGGAAACCCGAAGAUGAACAUGUGGAAUACGCUACCAUUGCACUCAAGGAGUUACCGACAAAUGACAAAGGAUGAAGCACAGAAUGCCAAAACAAUCCAGAAAUGAGAAAACAGAACUGGAAUAUGAAGUGUGAAUGUGGAGUAGAAUGUGUGUGGUUGACACAGGAAAAAUCUAAGUUUUUGCUGCCAUGUGUAUGUUGCCUGUGCAUUUUGAGACCUCCCUCCUAUUAGAGAGCAGUAGAGAACUUUGCCACCAGUGUGCAGAUUCUCUGGGGUCAGGCAGAGGUGCCGGGGAGUUCUCAGCAUCCCUCGUACAUCUGCUUCCUUCAAUCCCAUUACAUUGCAGACUCUUUCGUGAGGCAGGUGUGGACCUUUUGAAAAAGAGAAAUAUUUGUCUGGACGUGGA